AUGGCGAGACGAGAUGUGCUGUGCGAGAUUCAAAGUGUUCUGGACGCGCUUAGACGCAACGCACGGUUCGAGAUCAGAGAGCAUCGCUCCGCUGCGGAGGAAAGCCGGCUAACUGCCGACUUGAAGGCCCUGCGAGAAGCUGUCCGCGACUGGCCAAACGAGGACCUCCGCGGCUUGAGCAGGCUGGAGUUGGUCUCCCCGUUCCUGUUGGUGGUGCGCUCCCCUGAAACCAACGGAGUCCUUACGGAGGCUGCGCUGAGGUCGCUGCAGGUGUUUUCACGCGACCGGCUGAUAGAGGAGAACUCGGUACACGCCUCCGAAGCCGUCGGGGACCUCGUGGACGCGCUGAUCGGGUGCAGGUUCGAGGAGACCCAGCAGGACCAUGACGAGGCGGUUCGAGCGAGAAUCAUGCACGUCUUGGCGGCGUGCCUGGAGGGCGGGGCCGGGGUGUGGCUGUCGGACGAGGUGGUCUGGGCGGUGCUGCAGACGUGCAUGGCCAACCUUGAUCAAAUGCAGCAGCAGCAGCAGCAGCGGGAGCGGGAGCGGGAGCGGGAGCGGGCCGUUGAGCCGCCCACGACAGCCGCAGCGGCAGCGGCAGCGGCGGCUGCGGGGCAGAAGGAAAGGGGUGUCGCACCAGCCGAGGCUUCCUCUUCCUCCUCCUCCUCCUCCUCGAGCCAGCCGCAGAGGCGGCGUGCCGGAGCAGCCGGAGGUAGCGGCGGCGGUGGCGGUGGCGGCGGCGGCUGCGGCCUACCGUGCGUCGUCAAAGUCUUCGGCUUCUUGUGCUCGCAACUCGUGCGGAGGGGGGGCGGCGGCGGGGCGGGGGCUUCCGGGACCGCUAGCGGCGUGUCUUCCAGGGGAGGAGGGGCUUCGGGGGGGCCCACCCCUCGCCGGAUCCUUUGCCUCCGGCUGAUGAGAACGGCGCUGGCGGCCGCGGGCGGCAACCUGGCGGCGUACCCGUCGCUGCUGGAGAUGGUCAGGGACGACCUGUGCUUCGCGCUGCUGCACUUGAUGCAGGGAAGCGGAGGCGUGAACGUGGUCGGGGAGGUGCUGUCGAUAGUCCGCUAUCUAUGGGGUUCCUUGAGGGUUCAUCUCAAGGUACAGCUGGAACUCCUGUUCGGGGCAACGUUCCUGCGGGCUUUGUCGCAGCUCAAGGAAGAGGGCGAGGACGACCUCCGUCAAGCGCAAGAAGAACAAGGUGCCGGUGGCGCCGCGGGGGCGGCGGCGGCGGCGGCGGCGGCGGCGGGGCCGGGGCAGCAGCAGCAGCCGCAGCCGCGCGAGCAGUUCUCUCGGGAAGCGGCGGCGGGGUCGUCGGGGGUGGGUGCGGCAGCCGCGCGGGGUGGCCGCGUUUUCAGGGAUAGGGAGCUCGAGAUGACUUUGGAAUGUCUUUGUGACUUCCUUGCGGAGCCGACGUUUCUCGUGGAGAUGUACGUUAACUACGACUGCGACACGCAGCGGUCCAACCUGACCGAGAUGCUGGUGGCGGCCCUGGCGGACGGCGCCUACGCGGGACCGGACCGGCUGUCAGGCCUGGAUAAGGCAGCCGUGGGCGCGUACCUGGGAGAGGCGGGGGCGAAGAGGGUCAACGGCCGCGGCGGCGGCGGCGGCGGCGGCAGCAUUCCGGAGGGCACCGUUGCCGUAGCAGCGGUGGCGGAAGCGGUCUCGCCGCCGUCGAAGGAGGGAGGAGGGGGGGGGCGAACGCUUGGCGGGGUUAGCGCCAGGGGAGCAGCCGCGGCCGUUUACCAAGGAGACACGGAGGAGUUCCACGCGGAGGUGCUGGAGGCGUUCGUGGACACCUUCGACUUCCGGGGGCAGGGGAUCCUCGCCUCGCUGCGGAUGUUUCUCGGGGCGUUCAGGCUCCCGGGGGAGGCUCAGCAGAUCGACCGGAUCUUGCACGCCUUCGCUCAGCGUGUCCACAGAGACUGCGUCGAGGCGGCGAGAGGGAUGCUGGCUUCGGCGGACGUGGCCUAUCUGCUAAGUUUCAGCGUGAUCAUGCUCAACACCGACCUGCACAAUCCCAACAUCCGCCCCGAGAAACGCAUGAGCUGCGGCGCGUUCGUCCGCAACAACGAGAACUACGGCGGGGACAUCAGCGGCGGGCACGACCUGCCGGCCGACUACCUCGAGUCCGUCUACACGUCCAUCAAGGAGCAGCCCAUCGCCACCUCCGGCGGGGGGCCGGACGACGCUGUCACCGCCCACGGAUGGCAAGACCUGCUCCGGCGAUACGGCGAUAUGAACACCAUGGCGGUGUUCAGCAGCAGCAACACCAGCAGCAGCGCCUCAGGUAAGGUGGAGGCGUGCGGGGGGCGGGGAGUCGGGGAGGAGGAGCUGCAAGAGUACGACCGAGACGUGAUUUCGGCGUGCUGGCCGUCAGUGCUCAAGGCUGCCUCAGCGGCGUUCGCCACGAUGCAAGGGCGAGACGCGUCGGCUUUGGGAGCGUCCGUUGACCUGUUCCUGAUCCUUGCGAAGCUUUGCGGUCACCAUCCUGGUCUCCAGAACGCCUUCGACAAGGUGAUCCUUCUCUUGUGCCGGUUCACCGGGCUGGUCGGGCCAAUCAGACCUCCAGGACGGCGCACCAACAGUGACAGUGGUAGCAGCCAUGACGAUGACGACGGCGACGGCGAUAACAGCGACCCCGAUGCCGCCGAAGGGGUUUCGGCGGCGACGGGGACCGGCGGUGUGGAACGACUCAUUAGCGGAAACCCUGCCGCGCGAACGGCGGCCGUGGCGGCGUUCGGGAUCGCUCAUCGGUCGGGCGAUCACAUGAGAGAGGGCUGGCUUCCACUGCUGCAGCUAAUAUUCGCCAUGCGGGACCUUCACAUCUUGCCCAAGGAGGCGUUGUCAGAAACAGGGGAAGACCUGCUGGAGCAUCGAGAGCGCGCCGUCUUCAACGCGAGCGUGCUGUCGGGCGACUUUUGUAAGACCGCCGCUACCGCUACCGCUGCUGUCACGGUGACCACGGAGUACCGGCAAGGCGUAGGCGAGAGAAACGCGGCGCAUCACGGGCGCACCACCGCCGUCAACCCUGGAAGCGAAGGCGGAGAAGAUAGAUUCGGCGGCGGCGGGUCUGGUGGUGAUCGCGAGUCUACGAUAUCCUGGGUGGUGGGAAGGAGGCCGGCGGGGGAGGAAGGGUCCCGAGCUGUGCAGUCGGCAUCCGCCCACUCUUCCGCCAGAGCCGGUGCUGCUACCCUCCUCGGAGGUGGCGCCGAAACGGGCGUCGGUCUGUUGGAUGAGGCGGGCGGGAGGGAGGGAUACGGGGGUGACCAACAACAACAAGACGAGGAGGAGGGCGUAGUCCACCCCGCCGUCGAGCUCUGGAACGAGACGUUUGAGAAGGACGAGCUAUCGGACGCCGACGGCGGUGGAAGCGACGACGGUGAUGCUGAGCGUGAGAGAGCAGACGGGGCGGAGGAUGGGGGCGGGGAGGAGGCGCAUAAAUGGUUCUUUGAGGGUCCACGAUCGGAGGGACGCGACGCUCGCGAGGGGGGCGCUGCGGACGGACACAGGCGUGGUCCCGCCUACGGUCUCGAAUGGGUCGCCCAGGCGCGGGUGCAAGACCUCGUGGGCGAGAGCCGCCGCCUUGGCGCGGACUCCCUCAGGGCACUGAUUCACGCGCUGAUCGCAGUGGUGCACGGCAGCCUACCAGCUCAUGAGCGACGGCGGAGGCGAGGGUUUGAAGGAGGCGCGGGCGGGGGGAGAAGCGUUGGUGGUUGUGGCACAGCAGCACAUCGGGAGGGGAGUGGUGGCACGGCGGCGGCGGUGGCGACGGAAGCUGCGGAAAACGGGUUCCACUUUCGACGACGGACCACGCCGCGAGUAUCGACGGCAUCCUUGGCGUACGCGGAGGUACUGAUCGCAGAGAUCGCGCUGAGGAAUCGGGAGCGGAUCGUGCUCGUCCUGCCUGUUCUGCUAGAGCACUACAGGCGCCGGCUGGCGGGGGCAACCUACGCGACGUUCUCCGUGGAGAAGGCCGCCACGGGGCUCCUCCGGAUCGUCUCCCGCCUCUUCUUCCGACCGGGCCUGGCCGCCCCGCUCUCCCGCGCCCUGCCGUGGCUGAUUCCCCCGCAUUGCGGCGGCGGCGGCAGCGGGGACGGUGGUGGUCCCGGACCCGAGCUGUUUUGCUCGCUCGCCGGACACGUGUCCUCGGCCAUGCGGCGGCUCGCCCUGACGGCCAUCCGCCGGCGGCGGCGGGGAGGGGGGGGGGGGGGAGGUCGGCGGCGGCGAGUGGCGGGCGGUGUUGUCGGUCGUGGAGGCGUGCGCCGGGGUUUCGGGCGGCAGGGGAGAGGCGGACACCUUCGAGGCGGUGUGCCUGCUCGUCCACAACCAGGACCUCAAGAACCGCCGCGCUAUCGAAACCAACGGCGGCGUCGGCGGCAUUUGAAGCCGUGCAAGAAGAAGGUUCUACUGCGGCCUCCUCCGGACGGAGUUCCUCGGCGGGGGGGGCGGCAACGGCUAGUGGCGGUCGUGGUGCGCGUUGCGACGGUGGCUGCCGUCGGCCGCAAGGCGCCGCGCCAGGCUUGGUCGCCACGGGCGCGUGGAUGA